AUGCCUCCUAAUAAUAAAAUUAAAAAAUCUGAAAAUAAAAAAAAUGAAAAAAUUGAUUACGAUACCGCACAAAGAAGGAUUUUGCAACAUACCAAAAUAUUAGAAUCAAAAGAAUCAUAUAUAAGUGAUGAUGAUUCAAAUACGACUAGACUCGGUUUUCACUCUUCGAAUGACAAAGAAAGUACUGUUACUACGAUUCGAAUUGGUGAUGUUUCUUUAAGGGUUACCAAGUCUAAACGUCCUGAAUUGGUUCCCCAUUAUAUUGAUCCGCUUUUUGAAGAAUCACAAGAAGUUCUGAGACAUUUAAGAUGGAUAAUGCAAAAAGACAAAUUAAAACAAGAUAUAUUCCUCAUCGGACUUCCCGGGCAUUUACGUAGGGGACUAGUUCUCAAGUAUGCUCAACUUACAAAUCGAGAAAUCGAGUACGUUCCUUUAUCAAAAGAUUGUACUGAUUCGGAUUUAAAACAGCGUCGUGAAAUAUCUGGGGGGACCGCGUAUUACAUAGAUCAAGCUUGCGUUAGAGCUGCUACCAAUGGUCGAAUAUUAAUCUUGGACGGUAUUGAAAAAGCCGAAAGAAAUGUUUUGCCGAUAUUAAAUAAUUUAUUGGAAAACAGAGAAAUGUCAUUAGAGGAUGGAAGAUUUUUGGUACAUCCAAAACGGUAUGACUCUUUAGCAAAAAAUAAUAAAAAAAGCGUGAUGGAUGAUUGGAAACUUGUGAGGGUUUCAGAUCAAUUUAUUGUUAUGGCUCUUGGUCUACCAGUUCCACCUUAUGUUGGACAUCCUCUGGAUCCUCCGCUUAGAUCAAGAUUUCAAUCAAGAGAUGUAAAGCCACCCGGAUUUGAUUCUUAUAUCAGACAUUUAAGAAAAUUGGCGCCUGAUGCAAAUCCGGAAUUAGCUGAACGAUUAGCAUCUGUGGCAACCGUUCUUGGAUCAAUGUCAUUUGAUGAAGGUGGAAUUGAGAUUCCGGAAUUUCCGAGUUCAGUGGAUACAAGUGCUCUUGUUUUGCAAAAAUUUCCAUAUAUUAAACCAAGAUUUUUGUUGGACUUGUUAUAUCCAUGGCCUUUGCUACCAACUUGUGCUGCUGAACAAAAAGAUGUUAUUGAAGCGACUUAUCAUCGUUUCGGGAUGCUAGGUUUUGAAAUUAAUAAGCCAGAAAAACUCAGGACGGAAAGUGGCAGUAGUAAGCCCGAGGAAGAUAUUAUUUUUCAAUGUAUGCCUGGAUAUAAUGUUACUGAUAUAAAAUUAUCAGAAAGUAAGGAAAGAGCUAUAGCUAGUGACCUUCCUAUUCAUAAAAUUGAUUUAAAUUUCCAUUCUGAGGUGGCGGGGUUAAAAGAUCAUUUAGUUCAAGUUUUUGGAGGUGAUGAAGAUCCUUCGACUGCAGAUUUCUUUGUUGAGACUAAUUAUCACAAAAACUUAUUUAAUUCAAUGUUAAUUACUCAUUCUGUGGGAGAUUUUUGUGUACUUGGAGGAAAAGGUGUUGGUAAAAGUGCAUUAGUAAGGCAUUUUGCCAUAAAUCUUGGGUAUACUAUUGAAUACAUCCCAUUAUACAAGGACAUGUCUGCUCGCGAUCUUUUACAACGUCGCGGCACAACCUUUGCAGGAGACACAAUCUGGGAGAAUUCAUCAUUAGUAAAAGCAGCGUUAUUUGGUAGUUUAGCCGUUAUGGAUGGUAUCGACACACUUUCAUUUGGAACGAUCGUGACAUUACAACGCUUGAUAAAAGAACGUGAGAUAUCACUUCCUGAUGGAACUCAAUUGAUUCAUCCGUUUAGAUAUCAGAAAUUAAUAGAAGGUCAUGGGUUCACAAAAGAACAAUUGGAUAAAAAGGGAAUCUUUGCUAUUCACCCAGCAUUCAGGAUUAUAGCCUUAGGACGUCCCGUUAGUGGUGGAAGUGGUGAAGGAAGACCUGGUGCCUGGUUAUCACCGGAAAUCGUCUCAAUGUUUCAGUUCGUCGUUGUGCGCUCAUUGGAUUAUCAAGAAGAAAUGCGUGUUCUUGAAACUUUGUCUCCUGGGAUAGAUUCUAAUAACCUUUCGUUGCUAUUGCAAUUUGCCAAUCGACUUCGUAAAGGUUCUGAUGAAAUCGUAAAGACACUAUCUAACGCACUUUCUACACGACAAUUGAUCAGGAUUUGUCGUAGACUUGCAUUGUUUCCGAAUGAUAGUUUGUAUGAAGCUAUUCAUAGAGUUUCUUUAUCAAGAUUCUUACCAUCUUUAGCCAAGACGGCAUUGGAAGAAUUAAUGGCCAGCAAUGGCAUUUUACCUCCAAUGAAAGUUGUUAAUGUUGAACAGUUGAAAAUUGAUGUGCUUCCGUCAAGGUCAAAUCCUCAAAUAUUGAAAAUAGGAAAUGUUGAAGAACCAAUAGCUAAGGAUUCGAAUCCACUUUUAAUUCCUGAUAUUGUCUUUCAUGAAAAUCCUAAACAAACAGAAAUUCUCAUGCAAAUGUUGCAAGAUUAUCAAUUAGGGGAGCACUUGUUAUUGAUCGGUAAUCAGGGAGUAGGAAAAAAUAAGUUGGCAGAUUACUUUUUGCAAUUGUUGAGAUUACCUAGAGAAUAUAUCCAAUUGCACCGUGACACAACAGUGCAGAGCUUAACGGCUACACCUUCUAUCGUAGAUGGUGUGUUACAGUUUGAAGAUUCUCCGUUAGUUAAGGCUGUUAAAAAUGGAUAUGUAUUAGUGGUUGAUGAAGCAGAUAAAGCACCAACUUAUGUAACAGCCGUGCUAAGAAAUCUUCUUGAAGAUGGUCAAAUGGUUUUAGGUGAUGGAAGAAGAAUAGUGUCUACAAUAUCAUCUAAAGAUGCUAAAGAAUGUAUUGUUAUACAUAGAAAUUUCAGAAUGAUAGUAUUGGCGAAUAGGCCAGGAUUUCCUUUCCUUGGUAAUGAUUUUUAUAGGGAAAUUGGGGAUGUUUUCAGUUGUCACGCUGUAGACAAUCCCGAUUCAGAAUCUGAAAUGUUUCUGUUGACAAGAUAUGCACCAGAUAUUUCGGAGGAUUUACUUCUUAAAUUGACAGCAGCAUUUGGUGAUUUAAGAAAAUUAGUAGACGAGGGAUUGAUUUCUUAUCCAUAUUCCACUAGAGAAUUGGUCAAUAUUGUUAAGCAUAUGCAGCAAUAUCCUGAUGAAGGAAUCUCGCGUAUAUUACAAAAUGUUUUUGAUUUUGAUCAAUAUGAUAAAGAUUCAAAGGAUCUUUUAAUUGAAACCUUCCAGAAACAUGGAAUUCCUGUUGGAUUAGAAUCAGAUUUUUCGAUUAAAUUAGGGAAAAGGAUACCGUUGAGUAAACCUAUAGUUACUGAACUUUGGACAAAAUCAAUUUCUGAUAAUAAAGUUUGCGUAGUUAAACAGGAACCUAUAAUAUUUGGUGGGGACUGGGAAAUUAAAGUUAAUAAAUCGAGAGAGCUCGAUCGAACUGAAGGUCGAAUUGUGACUUUUACCGAACAAAUUUAUAAUUUCAAGAUUCCAACUCGCGGUGAAGCGCUUGAUAUAGUCGCACUUUCUGAUGGAUCAUUGUUUGUAAUUACAACAAAUCCUAUGACGAUUCAUACAGUUGACCAAAAUCACCAAAAAGUUCGAAGUAUAGAGAUGUACGAAUUCUUCCCAUUACAAAAAGCUUCGCCAAGAUUAAGAAUGGCGAUAGUACAAACACAAGAAACAUGGUAUAUUAUAUUACAUAAUCCAGCUGAAAAUUCAUUAUUUUCCAUUGAUUUAACAAGAAGUAUAGCUGCAGCGGACAUCGUAUUGAUCAAUAAAAUAGGGUUAACUGGGUUAAAUCCCGUGAAGUCAAUUAUGUUAAAAGAUUAUGAAUCCCUCGGGAUUUUAGUUUUUUAUCAGAUUGAUAGACCAACUAUACUUUUAUUGGAUUUCAAUACCAAUACUCAGCAUAUUAUUGAAGUUCCAGUUAACAUAUCACGUUUAUAUUUGUUGAGGACAAAUGUGUGGUUAUUAAGAGAUUGUUCAAAAGGACAAUAUCAUCUUUUGUAUGCUGACGAUCAGCAAACAAUGAUUCCUAAUAUGAUUCCUGAUAUAAUCAAGAAUAUUGACAUUAAAGGAUUAUUUAAACCUAAUCCGGAAACAAUAACUUAUUUGUCAAACGAUGGCGUUCCAUAUCCAAAAGUAUCAUCUGCCAGAUUUUCACAUAAUGAAAAUGAUUCUAUUGCUUUAUCUAUUGUAUCUAACUUACCCGAAGCAUUGUUGGAAAAUCCGUCAAAUAAUUCUAAAGCCGAAAUUAUUUCAUUUAUGAGAGAAAGUGGUGAUGAUGGAAGGAAUUAUUAUAAGAAUUUAAAGACCUCUUCUUUAUUUUUAAGAAAGUCUGGCCAAUUAGCUACUAUUAUUCCAUUAAAGGAUGGAAGAAGUGAAGGUUAUUUAGAACUAUUUAAUCCCGUACAGACUACGUUAUGGAGGGUUAUAAUACCUUUAGCUAUUCCUGAAACCGGUCUAAUUAAGAAUGAUCCAGCAUUAAAUGCUAUCGGUAGUCCUUACAUACAUUUUGAAAGAACUGCCGCAUCUAUGCUGGAAUUACCUAAUGGUGAUUUGUUGACCAUGGAUAUUAGUGGCGUCGUGAGAGUAUGGCAAGUUGAUGCUGGACAAUUAAUAAACGCUGCUAACACUUGGAGGAAACUUGUUGGUUCUAUUGACCAACGUGUAUUAUCUAUCAUAUAUGAAGACUCGGAGGGGAAUACGAUUUAUGAACAAGCGGAAAAUGUUGGAGUGAGUUCACAGGAAGGAAGUUCUGGUAAUGGAGGAAGUGGGGGGAAUGAAGGUGGUGAAAAUUCUAACGAAGGAGCAGAUGGAGCAGGUGGUGGUGGUGGUGUUCCGAGUGAUCCAUUGAAUUUUAAAGGUCGUGAACCUACAUUUAUUGAUGUUAGUAAUUUGGAAAUUAGAACUGAGGCCAAACCACCCUUUGAACUUACUGACGCUCAGAGAGAAUUACAUGAAAUAUCUAUGCAAAAACGUCGUGAACAAGUUAAUAUGACUCAAGCAGAUUCUGACAAAUUUAGAUCAUAUUUAGCAAAUGUACAGCGUGAAAUUCGAGAGUUACGUGUUAUAUUAGAAAGUAUUGAAGCAAAAAAUAAAGAACGCGUUUGGUUAAAAAAUCAAAGUUCUGGCGACAUUGAUGAUACAAAACUAAUUGAGGGAUUGACUGGGGAUAGAAAUAUUUACAAAAGACGUGGUGAAAAUGAUCCCGAAGUUGGAUUCUUCCAAAAUCUUCCUAAGAAAAUGUAUUUCUUAUUUGAUAUAAGUGCAAGUAUGUAUCGUUUUAAUUCGCAUGAUCGACGGCUGGAGAGGUCGAUGGAAGUCGCGCUCAUGGUUAUGGAAUCAUUUAAGUCGUUUGAACACAAAUUUCAAUAUAGAAUUAUUGGACAUAGUGGAGAUGGACCUAAUAUCGAAUUUGUCAAAGAAGGACAAUAUCCUCGCACGGAAAAAGAAUCAUUGAAAAUAUUAAAUCAAAUGUUUAAUCAUUCGCAAUUUUGUCUUAGUGGAGAUAAUACAGUUAGUGCUACCGCUCAUGCUAUUAAAGAUAUCGUGAAAGAAGAUGCAGAUGAUUAUUUUGUCGUUGUACUCUCAGAUGCGAAUAUUCAACAAUAUAGAAUUAAUCCAGAAGAUAUUUCGAAAGUAUUGAAAUCUGAUGAAAGAGUAACUACAAGUAUAAUAUUUAUUGGAUCUUUAGCAGAUCAAGCAGAACAGUUAAAGAAAUAUCUAGGAAAUAAGGCACAUAUUUGUAUGGAUAAUAAAGAUUUGCCAAAAAUUAUGAAAUCUAUAUUCUUGGCUUCUAUGUUAAAAGAUUAA